UUUAAUUAACCCGGAGAUGGCCUAACCUCGUACUCAUUUCAACAGUAGCCAUCCCCGCACACCAGGACUCAGCUUGAAUCUUUCCCCUUGAGAGUUUAGACAGUUGGCGUAAUGGAUAGGCAUUCGAGUGUUUCCGCCGCUGAGUAAGGCGCGUGGUUCCUUAAGUUCACUCUGUUUUCCUCCCGUUAAAUCAAGCCAGCAACCUGACUGAGCUAAUCAUUAUGCAGAGCUGGGAGCUGUAUUGUAACAGUUAAAAGAUAUUGUAUGCCAGUGGGAGGGAGAAUGAGGCCAAUUUUACCAUCUACUUUGCCUUGGUUAAGGAAGGGGGUUUUAAGACCAUCAACACCACGGGCUUUUAGUAAUCAUAUUAUCAAGUCCCCAUCCCUUUUGUCACUAGACCUUGCAGAUUCCUGGUCUUCUGUAUCCACUCAAUAUGAUUGCUUGCCAUCUGUGAAUGUUGUGAGUUCUUCUCCAUGUUUGUGUACAGAUGUGGCCUCGUGAUAGAAGUACUCAGAUGAAUAGGGAUGGGAAGUUGAUAUUUAGCAUAAACUUGACUGGGAAAAUAAUUGAUGGGAAGGCAAUUGCCAAUAGGAUAACAUCUGGAAUAGCACUUGAAGUGAAGUCGAUGGAAAAACUGGUUCGAAAGGUCCCUGGCUUGGCUGUCAUAAUAGUGGGUCAGAGAAGAGACUCACAAACAUAUGUCCGGAACAAAAUGAUUGCAUGUAAAGAGGUUGGCAUGAAGUUUAAGAUGAUUACCCUUGCAGAAGAUUGUUCUGAGUCUGAAGUUUGUAAGGCUUUGCAUCAAUUUAAUGGGGAUCCAUCAAUUCAUGGUAUUAUUGUGCAGCUACCUUUGCCACAGAAUCUGGAUGAAGCCAAAAUAUUGAAUAACAUAAGCUUGGAGAAAGAUGUUGAUGGUUUCCAUCCUCUUAACAUUGGGAAUCUAACCAUGCAAGGAGUAGAGCCAUUGUUUAUAUCAUGUACUCCUAAAGGUUGCAUUGAGUUACUUCUGCAGUCUGGUAUUGAUAUUAUGGGGAAAAAUGCUGUGGUGAUUGGUAAGAGUAACAUUGUUGGAUUACCUGCAGCCUUACUUCUCCAGAGGCACCAUGCUACAGUGACUAUUCUUCAUCCAUUUACCAGAAACCCAGAGCAUAUUUGCCGUGAAGCUGACAUCUUAAUUGCAGCUGCUGGAGUACCCAAUUUGGUCCGUGGUAGUUGGUUAAAGCCAGGCGCGGUUGUCGUUGAUGUUGGAACCAAUCCUGUUGAGUUGAAUUGGCAGGAUGGGAGCAGCGAACAUGGCUAUCACCUCGUUGGGGAUGUUUGUUUUGAGGAAGCUGCAGGAAUAGCUUCUGCAAUAACUCCCGUACCUGGAGGAGUUGGACCUAUGACUGUUGCCAUGCUGCUCUACAACACUUUUGAAUCAGCUAAACGUGCAUUUAAGUUGAAAUAACCACCUGUUCCUUGCGAUGGUAAUGCAUUGACUUGUUUUGUGUUUUUUUAUGGUGGACGCAUUGGCUUUUCUAGGAACGUGGUUUAGGCAGGAUAUGUUGGGUUAAGGGUUGGAGUUUGAAUUAGAAUUUUAUAGAAACUUUUAACUAUAAAAUUCAUACACGGUUUGAUUUUGAUAAUUGAUUUAAAUAGAUUCUGAUAGAUUUGAUUGAAUU